CUCAUUGGGUUGGUGCGGAUGGGGACGCCCUGGUUGAUAUCACAUCGUGUUGCGAAUUGCAACUUGUUGAAUUUGUCUAUUGUUGACGCGCUGACGUCCCGGUGUUAAUCGUCGGCCGGCGAUGACACCGGGUGCAAUCUUGUUGGGACGCCUGGGCGUGCGGUUACAUCCGUUUCUUCGAGCAUCUGAUCACACGACUGACUGUCGCGAUGCUGCAGUGACCCUGGUGGCAUCUUCUUUCGCAUCCGAUCUUCACGGCUCACGCUCAGCAAAACAAGACCCACGGGAAUUCGGUCGAGAAAGUUUGGAGGCACUGUUGGCGCAACUGGCACGUUCGUCGCCCUCCGUCAGGUGGACCGCCCUUCUCAGUCAACGCCCGGAUAUGUCAUUCAUCCUCUCAUCUGUCCAUCACCGCUGUGGAGCGGAUUCCUCAGCAGAAGGCGUACACGCUGAGGAGUCAAUCGACCCAUCGACCAAUCGGCCCGAUGUGUUUAUCGUGCGAACUCUGCGUGAGUGCACCAAACCCUGCCAGCCAGUCAUCCGACAUGUUCUCAAUUAUAGCCAGUACCUGUUGGGGCGUCCCCUCAAUCGCCCGCUCUGGCAGACUGACGUUCGGCACAGUUUGGGUGGCCGUGAAAUGUAUCGCUCCGAUGUUGCAACCGCACCAAAGGACAUCUGCUGCCGCUACUGCCCAUCGGUGAAUUCUCGCUUUCCCAGCGCCAACUCGUGGCGUCUGCGACUGCACUGCUCAGGAGAGGUCGAGCCUGAGGCGAAGGCGCUCUGCACGAAGUAUAUCAAAACUCUAUUUGCCUCUGACGUGCUUGACGGGAUUGUCGCACCUAAUACGGUGCGUUGAAUGGCUGCUUGAGCGCCUGGACGACAUCGCCGCUGUUGCACACGUCGGUCCUUUGUUCCAUUUGGCACGGGACGCUCAGAAGACUCUAGACUCUUCGGAUGGCGUAUCAAGGGCCAGCAAGACUCGAUGCAAUCUUGUGCCGACCAAGGGAUCGUGUGAGCGACGAGCGAAUAUUGUGUGUCUCAUCACAACGG